AUGACGGCUGUUGCCGAGAAUCGUGUCGUACGGCGAAAUGGUCCAGGAACAAAAAGAGCGGAUUGGAACAGUUGGCCUCCAUUGGCUUUUGAAGAAAUGGACAGUGCUCUGAACAUUCAGCAGUUCAUCCAACAAACCAUAAAAGCUAAUCCAGCUGACGUCGAGACUAUUCUUACACCACCUUUGGAUCAAGACGAAGGCGUCUGGAAGUACGAGCAUCUCCGGCAGUUCUGCAUCGAGCUGAACGGAUUGGCUCUUUCGUUACAGAGAGAAUGCUUUCCUGAGUCAUGCCAACAAAUGACUGCCACAGAGCAAUGGAUAUUUCUCUGUGCUGCUCACAAAAAUCCAAAUGAGUGUCCAGCCAUCGAUUACACGCGACAUACUCUCGACGGGGCUGCCACGUUGCUCAACUCUAAUAAGUAUUUCCCGAGCAGAGUCAACAUCAAAGAAAUUUCGAUUUCGAAGUUGGGAUCAGUAGCACGUCGAGUUUAUCGCAUAUUUUCUCACGCAUUUUUCCAUCACCGGAAGUUGUUCGACGAGUUUGAGAAUGAGACUCAUCUCUGUAAACGGUUCACUACGUACGUAUCCAAGUACAAUUUGAUGCAGCAAGAGCACUUGAUCGUUCCAAUUUUACCGAAUCAACAACAACAGCAAACUGCACAAUAA